AUGGACUUCAUCGGGAUAGCUUCAACCUGGAUGCUCUUCUUCGCCGCUGGCUGGCUGUUCCUUGCCCGAAAGAUCAUGAAGGACCAUGAAUCCAGGGCGUUCCUGGUGCAGACACUCUUUUCAGCCACCUUCAUGGUCUCGUGCUCCAUGUUCAGCCUCGUGCUCUUCGAGGUUCUAGACGUCCUCUCUCAUGAUGCCCGAUGGUGGGCAUGGAAGUUCGACCUCAUAACCGUCACCGUAGUCCUCAUCUUCCUGCUCCCCUACUCCUUCUUCUACCUCGUCUUCCGCAACAUGGAGUGGCCAUGGCAGCAGAGCGUGUAUCUCGCUUGCGCGCUGCUGGCCAUGUAUCUCUGGGUCUUCUACACCAUAACCAACAGCCUCCCCAUCGUGGGUCAAUCAGGUUCCUUCGUGGUGAUGGGGAUCUCGAGGCUGGGGGUGCUAGGGGUUACUGCCAUGGCGAUCACGUCGGGGUUCGGUGCGGUCAACAAUCCUCGCAACAGCCUCACCUACUUCCUGACGCCAGUGAGCGAGCAAGACCUGCAGAUCCUUGAGAAGAGGCUGAUGAAGACGAUGGAGAUGAUAUGCUCUAAGAAGAAGCUCAUUCUCAUGACCAGGAACGAGCUCCAGAAGAAAGGGCAGGGCGUCAAGGCCGGAGGUGGAGGAUGGAAGGACAAAGUCGGUGGUUUCUUGCAGAGCGUCACUGGAGCAAGUGACGACAAGUCCUCUAGGCAGAACCUGCAGAUUCUCAAGCAGGAGGUGCAAGGGAUGGAAGAACUGAGCUCGCAGCUCUUCGAGGAGCUGCACGACAUGAGGCUGGCCAAGGACAAGUUCCUCUCCAAGACGAUUGCAGGCAUGCUGCUCAACUACAUGGGAUACAUAUUCUCAGCCUACUGCGUGUACAAGAUGAUGAUGGCCAGUAUCAACAUCAUCUUCAACCGAGUCUCCCAGGUCGACCCUGUGACUCGUGCCCUCUCCAUCGCUUUCCUGGCUGUGCAAGGCAUACAAGACAUGGACGUCGAGCCCGUCGUCCAGAGCAUCAGCUUUGUCCUCGUCGGAGUCCUGAUCGCUACUUCCAUUCGAAGCUUCCUUCAGAUCUGGCUCAAGAUUUUCCACCUGCAGAAUGCUACAUACAGCAUUCAUUAUUCCAACAUGCUCAUCCUGUUCAUGGCAUGGAUGAUGGGCAUGUAUUUCGUGUCUUCCGUAUUGUUGAUGCGGAUGAAUUUGCCUCUGAUGUAUCGCAAGGCAAUCACAGACGUUCUCGGAGACAUCCAAUUCAAGUUCUACCAUCAGUGGUUCGACUUUAUUUUCAUCCUGGUAGACAUUGCUCUGCAUUUUCUGCAAUAA